AUGGAGGACUUAACUAUAUCUGAUGAAGAAUUUGAUCCAUCUGAUACAGAUUCUGAAUCAAGUAAUACUAAUAAUAAAAAAACUUUUGAACUUGAAACCACUGUUACUUUGUUACCUCAAAUAACUAAACAUGAUGCUAGUAAAAAACCAUCACCAGUUUGGAAUUUUAUGCAUGAAAAAGUAGAUUCCAAUAAAACUGCUAUUGUUAGAUGUGAUUAUUGUCCUCAAGAAUAUAGUAUUAAAACAUCAACAGGUGUUCUGACAGACCACCUUAACAAGCAGCAUAAAUAUAACAUUACCUUGAAUCAAAAGCACAAAUCAUUAGCCAAAAAACCAUAUGGUAAUGAAGAUACUCAACGUAUAAAAGAAUGCACUACAUCUAUUUUAAAUUUUAUUAUUAGUAAUCAAGCCCUAUUUAAAAUUGUCAAAAGCACUUGUUUUUGUAAAAUGAUAAAUAUUCUUGAUUUACGAUAUAUUUCACCAACAUGUACCUAUUUAAAAGAGAAAAUAAU